UAAUAUUUAAGAAAUGAAGGGAAACUUAGAAAAAGUAUAUUAUCAUCGUACACCAUUAUCAUAUUUGAGAAUAAAUUUCAUUCUCUUUAUAUAUUUUUGUUUAUACGUUAAAUUAACAACCGGUAAUUAUUAUCAAAUGAGAAAAUGUUGUUUGUCGGAAGAUUUAUUCACAAACAGAUCUACAAUCGAUUGUAUCACGGAAUACAAUGACAACGUUGAAUUGUAUAGUUAUUCGGAUAUUAAAAAUUUGCAAAGUUACGUUAUACCUAAUUGCGAUAAUAUGAACAAUACUAUGAAAAUUUAUUUGGAUGGGAUCAAAUCGGACGAUUUGAAUAAGACUCGUCCAUGUUUGGAUAUUAUUCAACGUGAUAAUAUUUUACCAAAGGAAUUACCAAUAUUAGUUUAUUGUCAUUUAAAUGAAAACAAUACGUAUAAGAUAACAAACGAAUUGUCAACGAUAAUUACGACAAUAAGAAGAUGUUGUCCGAAAGAUAUGAUUUAUGAUCCAAAUGAUAAAUCGUGCGUGCCGUUGAACUAUUCAAUAUCCGAAUUUCAAUUAUCAUUGAUAAAUAAUGAUAAUAAUAAUAAGGAUGAUAAUAUGAUUAAUUAUUUUGAGGAUCCAUUUAUGUCUUUAUUACCAAUCGUUAAACCAAAGGAUUUUGUUUUGGCUGUUACGAGAGGACCACCAUAUUGCCAACACGCCAUAUUUGAUUUUCACAUAACCUCAAACGAUCUCGUAUACGACGAUGGAUUUUUCAAAGUAACACCGAUGUCACUCAAUCAAAAUGAAUUUACAAAGGAUCAAAUCGAAUUAACGAAAAAUAAUUCCUGUUACGAGUUAACACCGGAAUCAACUAUUUCUAACGGGAAACUAAUUUUACGUGGCUGUUACAACGAACGAAUAUGUUCGGAUAAAUUGUGCAUUAGAAAGUGUUGUCCUGAGGAUCAAUUUAUAUUAGCGGGUAAAUCAGGUUGCAAUAAAUUAAGCAACGAUUCGUAUAUUAAACCUGUUACAUUACACGAAGAAAUAUUAAAAAUACCUGGGCAAAGGAAUAUAUUCAAGAAUGAUUACGGGAUACUCAUUGGGUCACCAUGCGGAGAGGCAGGAAUGUUUUACUUGGGCCCGAAUGAUAAUUUUAGUGUUACUUCUAAUGGAUACAUCGAUUUAAUACAAGCCAGGAUUUAUAAUCACAAUGAGUAUUGUAUGGAAUCGUUUUAUCAUGGUAUCAAUGGUACCUUUCAACCAUUCAUUUGUUUCGAAGAUCGUGAACAUGACUGCCAAUUACGAUGCGAUAUCUAUACGAUAUUACAAUUAAUAAGUUGCGGAUUUUUAUUGAUAACGUUGGUGGUUUACGCUUGUCUACCGGUUCUUCAAAAUCUUCAUGGGAAAACUCUGAUGUGCCAUGUAGCCAGUCUCUUUUCUGCUUAUUUUUGUCUGACUAUAAUUAAUUGGAUAACCCCAAAGAGGAACAUUGCAGCAUCUGUAUCUGCAAUAUCGUGCAAAGUUUUAGGUUACGCUAUGCUAUUUUCCUUUCUCUCAGCUUUUUCUUGGCUCAACGUCAUGUGCUUCGACAUAUGGUGGACUUUCGGGGGUUCACGUGGUAGCACAUCUACGAGAAGAAGAAGAUCUUGGAAAAGAUUUUUAUUGUAUUGUUUGUAUGCCUGGGGUUUUGCAUGUUUCAUUACCGUCAUAGUCAUUGUCGGAGAUCAUGUCAAAUUUUUGCCGAAUUAUUUGACGCCUUCCAUUGGUCUGGGGAACUGUUGGUUUACACAUGGAAGGAAUCUUCAUGGUGAAAUUGUGUUCUUCAUAGGACCCAUUACACUUCAAUUAAUAAUCAACAUAAUAUUCUUCGUUGCCACAUCAAUCAAUUGCAACAAAGUCAAAGCUGAAAUAGAUAGAAUUAUUGUAGAUCCUUCUGAUGUUAGAAAUAAACGAUACCAAGCUGAUCGUACCAGGUAAGUUUUAAUUAUUUAAACUCUUUAG